UGAAUACUUUGCGCUUAAAUGGAACUGUUGUUAUUUGUUUGUUGUAACUUCUAGUAGCGUGCAUGAUUUUUAACUUCUACCAUCAUACAUAUAUGCGUACAGAUGUAUGGCUGAGUUGAAAUGACAUUCAGACGUUCGAAAAUCGUCGAAUUCAUCACUUAAUGGAUGUAAUCCGCUGAUCAAUUUCAUUUCGGUAACAAAAAUCGGUUAACAUUUUGUGAUCGACAGCGUAAUGGUGAUAAUAUAAGCAGCCCAUACAAACAGUGCACGAUUGCUUCGAGUACAAAUGUACAUCUGUGUACGUAUGUACGUACGUGUAUGAUACAUGCUCAGCUCAGCAAAAGACUAAGAAUAAAAGCAUUUUUCAUGCAUAUUUUUUAUUAUAUUUUAAAAAUAAUCUCACAAUUUUCCUCUAUUUGCCGGUUUUUACUGAAAAGUUUACUUAAGUUCAUAUAUAUGACAAAAGUUAAUAAAAUAUUAUAAUCAGAUUUAAAAAUUUUGAAUUUCAAAGAUUUAUAAUAAAGCUACAAAAAGUUUGAGCAGAGAUUUCGAAUCGUAUUGUGUAAACAGUGAUCAUUAUAAGCUCUUUUUUUUAUAAUUCUUCGCUCUUUAAAUCUAGAAAAAUGCUUCAGAAUAAUCAAUUACAAUAAUAUGACUAACAUUUUCUUAGUGCGAGUUGGAACUGGGUAGACAUUUGUUCAAAUGUUUAUGUUACCCAAUUUAAUAAUCACGAGGAGUGUAAUAGCGCUAAACGAUUAAAACGCUAUGUAACUUUAGUCAUAAACGAAAGAAAUAAAAACAAUGCUAAUUUCUAAAUUAAACUGUUACAACUUAAUUAAAUUACAUUUGAAUCAGUGAUCGCAAAGUAUAAGAAACAAAUGUAACAAUAUGAAUUUAGAAAAACCUACUAAUUGUUAUAAAAAUUGCAUAUCCUUAAUCUACUAAUCGAUUAAAUAAAAUAAAAAAAAAACAAGUUUUAAGUGAUUGGAAAUACUGAAUCAUCCUGCGUUAACUAUUCUUGCCACACUCAAGAAAAAUGCACAUUUAUUACAAGUUUGGACUGUUCCUGAUAUUCAUACUCAGCAUAAGUGCGCGCUUUACAAAAGCAGCUCCAUCAAACGUAUCUUAUGACAACAACGACUCAGAGUAUUAUGUGGAUUAUUAUGAUGAGAAUGAUCCAGAUCAAAGAGAUAAUAACGUAACCGUAAAAACCACUGAUACUGAAGGCAUGACUUCGACUAUUAGAACUAUUCUCAUUAUUCCAACAACAAAAAGGGUACCAAUCUCAUUAAACAAUUAUACAACUAGCAAUCAGGUGUUGAAGCCCAAAUGUCCCAAAGACUGCCAGUGUUUGGAAAACUUUAAGCGCAUACUGUGCAAUGGUCUCGGUUUGACGAGCGUGCCAAAAAACCUUCCAACUACAACACUAUUCAUCGAUUUAAGCCAAAACAAUAUUGGAGAACUAUAUAUUGAAGACUUCAUAAACAUUUCUAAAGUUCGUGAAAUCAAUUUAAAUUGUAACCAACUAAAAUUUAUUAAUAAAUCGAUAUUUGAUAGCUUAAUUAAUUUACAACGACUUCGGCUAGCAGAUAAUAAACUAAGAACAAUUGAGCCAACAACUUUCUCAGGCACAAUUAAUCUAUAUGAUCUGGAUUUAAGUAACAAUUCUAUAUUGUUAAAAAACGAUGGCCCAUUCCUCAUACGACCAGGCUUAAUUAAAUUUUCUUGUCGUAAUUGCAGUUGGACCGAAGUGCAUGAUGGUACAUUCUCAGGAUUGGCCAGUUUACAGUCUCUAAAAUUGGAUUUAAAUAAUUUUGAUAAGAAAAUCAAUGUUAAAGCUUUUUCACCGCUGCAGAAUGUUACUAGAUUGUGGUUGCCUGAUUUGGAAGAAGAGAGUGUGACAGAGCUGUGUAAUUUAUUAACAGCUAUUGACAAUAUAAAGUUCGGGCACUUUGAAAUCAGUUGCUUUGAAUUAGUACUAGGCACUUCCUUUAAUGAUAGUAUUGUGAUAACGGAUCCACCAUUUAUUCAAACGGAAAUAUCACGAGUACCUAUUGAAGUACCACAAUUAGCAAUUACUGGUGAUUCGGCGCAAACAGAGGAAACAAAGAAAGAAAUUAGAACUAAGAUUAAAUCUGCGAAUGUAACUACUAUCAUACCAACAGCGAAAACAAAAUCAUCAAAUCCAAAAGAGAUUGAAAGAAAAGAAAAUAAAAUGGAAGGUGUCAGUGUCCACUCAAAUUUUACAAAUUCUACGCCUGCGAGUAGAAUCGAAGAUGACAUUAAAGUUAAGACAAUGUCGACCAUACUGACAGGCAACGCUUCAACUAGCUUAAAUGAUAUAGCAAAUAAUAGUGUCGAGCACAACGAAAUAAAAACCUCGGAUAAAACAAAUAAAGCCCUUACAGGACAUAUAUCCCAGGAUAUGGUUAACAUACUGCUUAUAUGUAUUAUUAUUAUAGCAAUUGUUGGCAUUAUCAUUGGUAUAAUUUGCCGUAAGGAUGUUGGUGGAAUCAAAACCAAAUGUUGCCGCACGAAGAAACCGGAUCCAAAAGAUCAAGUACAUCCCCCUGAAGAAAUUCCACUAAAUAAACUAACAUAAGUACAGGGCCUAAUCAAUAAGAAACAUUUUUUAAUGAAAAAUUAAAACAAUAUAGCAGAGAGUAAAUAGUUUAGCUUUGAACAAACAAAUAUUUAAAAUAUAUUUAGUAUGUAAUAAUAGUAAUAAUUAUAAUAUCUAAGUAAGCAUAUUUGAUGCACCCGUUAGCGAUAUUAUAAUUAAUAUGAUACGUUUAGCAUAUCAUUUUCCAAAUAAUUUUUUAACGCAUGUUCUUUUACUCAAAACAUAUCGUUAAGAAUACUAGUCGCAUUCAACAUAUAUUUGUACGAUUUACCCACAUACGGGCAUACAUAUGUAUGUAAUCCGUAAGGUAUCACCAAAAAAUAUAAUUUGUUUCCUGAAUA